GUCAUGGACAGGCUGGCACUUGGUAGAAGUAGGCUAUGGCUAAUUUAAGACAACUAUACAUUUUAUACAGUUUGCGUUUGACUAUUUAACCUUCAGACCUAACAAUCUACAUGGGAUUUUUGCACUGUCAUUCAAAAUACGUGCUCUGAACAUGACAGUUUCUCACCUGCCAAUCCAAAAAUUCCUACGCAUUGCGUGUGAGAAAACAAAUAUUGCAUUAUAAAUUCAGUCAUCACUACCAAACAACAGGAUUGUAGAGCCUGCCAACAUGUCACUGUGUGAGACUGAAGGACCCUUGCUGCUGGACCUGAGCUGCCCUAUCUGUCUGCAACUCCUCUCUGAACCCAAGUCCCUGCCCUGCGGCCACGUCUACUGCUUGGCCUGCCUUGGGAAGUACAUGGACACUGACAUGGCCAGCCACUUCUGCCCUGAGUGCCAGGUUGAGUUCCAGGUCUCCCAGGUCCUUGGGAAUAACUUCAAGAUCAUCGAGAGCUACGAAGCCACCACUGCAGGAAAGGUCAGCUCCGUCACAGAUGGAGAUGGUGGUGAUUGCCACCAAGGGGUAGUGUCACCUGACCAGAGCAACGAUGAGACGUCUGAGUGUCUAUUAGACAUAGAGCAACAGGAGCCACAUCAUACAGGGAAGGAGGCCUCUGAGACAGGCUUGGGAGAUACGUCUGCAGUGUCCCCUACUCCUCAGAAGGAAGAACUGCUGGUGGAUGUAAGGACCGAGACGGAGACGGCGAUGAUGGACAAGUCUAAACUACUAUUAGCAUCUCAGGUAACGGAGCUGACGCUGAGGCUUCAGUUGGCUGAGGACCGACUGAGGGAGGAGGAGGCGAGGGAGGCCGAGGUCAGGACCACCAACGCCCUGUUGAGAAAAAGGGCGGCCAAGCUGCUAGAGCAGAUGACGGAGCUGACUCUCAACUAUGUUAGUGGGAUGACGGAGUUGAUCGAGAUGGAACUGCGUCCCAGUGAGGAGAGCAUGGGUGGACGUGUGUGCCAAGCCUCUGAGCUCAGGGAGAAGUUGAGAGAGGCCCAGCUUCGAGCCAAAUCACUCCUGACCGAGCAAGACAGUAGGGUGUUCAGUGACGGGCUUCAGGCGGAACAACCGCACAUCACGAGGCUGAUGGUCCAGAAACCUCUAGAGGAGUUGGACAACAAGUCAAAAGUGAACCCGGGCCGUGCUUGCGCUCAGCUGGAACGGAGGAGUGCGGAGUUAAGGGCAGGAGUCGGGGCGGCCCAGCGCGCUCUGCGCUGCGUCAUCAACCCCUCAGAGGUGACCUUUGACCUAGACACGGCCCACCCCAGCCUGGUCCUGUCAGAGGACCUGAAGACGGUGACCUUCAGCACCAAAAAGCAGCCCUACCCGGCCCUGCCAACAAGGUUCAGUAGCUUCCUCCAGGUUCUGAGCACUCAGAGCUUUUGGGGAGGCGAGCAUCGCUGGGAGGUGGAGCUGGACGGAUAUUCUCCGUGGAUAAUUGGGGUGUGCUACAGCGAGGCGGUAGCACGCAGCGGGCUAACGAGCGCCCUGGAGAGCAGCCAGGGCUCCUGGUGCCUGAUGUGGUUCAACAACCUGCUGAGGGCCUUCGAGCAGAGCCAUGACAUCCCCCUGAAGAGAACCCUGUCAGUACACAGACUGGAGAUCACGUUGAGCUUUAAGUCUCAGAGGCUGAGCUUCUAUAACAUCAGCCAAUGCAGUGGGAAGACUCACGUGUAUACCUUUAAGGCGAACCUCACAGAGCCGGUGCAUCUGGCCUAUAGGAUGAUGACAGGCCAACCGAAGGCACACAUAACAGUGUGCUCCUGAACUGUCAUUGGAACAAAAGAGAACCACAUACAAGAUUACAUUGACUCUUGUUUUUAUUAAUCCUGUAUUCAUAUCAAACUCUUUUGUUAUUUACAUGUAUCAAAUCAAAUCAAAUCAAAUUUAUUUAUAUAGCCCUUCGUACAUCAGCUGAUAUCUCAAAGUGCUGUACAGAAACCCAGCCUAAAACCCCAAACAGCAAGCAAUGCAGGUGUAGAAGCACGGUGGCUAGGAAAAACUCCCUAGAAAAGCCAAAACCUAGGAAGAAACCUAGAGAGGAACCAGGCUAUGUGGGGUGGCCAGUCCUCUUCUGGCUGUGCCGGGUAGAGAUUAUAACAGAACAUGGCCAAGAUGUUCAAAUGUUCAUAAAUGACCAGCAUGGUCGAAUAAUAAUAAGGCAGAACAGUUGAAACUGGAGCAGCAGCACGGCCAGGUGGACUGGGGACAGCAAGGAGUCAUCAUGUCAAGUAGUCCUGGGGCAUGGUCCUAGGGCUCAGGUCAGUUGAAACUGGAGCAGCAGCACGGCCAGGUGGACUGGGGACAGCAAGGAGUCAUCAUGUCAGGUAGUCCUGGGGCAUGGUCCUAGGGCUCAGGUCCUCCGAGAGAGAGAAGGAGAGAAUUAGAGAACGCACACUUAGAUUCACACAGGACACCGAAUUGGACAGGAGAAGUACUC